UUCCUCGAAAGCUUUUUUUUUUUUUUUUUUUUUUUUUCCGCAAUAAAUGCCAGCGACACACACAAGCAUUACAUGGCCUCCAGCAACGGAGACACACAUCGUCACAACAGUUUGGAAUGGAUCAAUCAUUUCAAUACCCGCCUAUCAAACUGCUAAUGUCACAUUAUUUCCCGGUUUCACCUUGACGACUACAACGACCACAAAACCACCACCGACGACAGUCAUAGGAGCCAAUCCUCCUCCUCCUUUUGGAGCUCCAGCGUCUGCCGAAUCCGACUCUGAGGAUGGAUCAUCUUCUAGAGCUGUCCUUUGGCGGAACUGGACUCUUGUAUGUCUCGGAGUAGUCAUCUUGGCCACCGUAGGAGGCCUCGCACUGAAAAGGUACAGGAGUGGAUGGACUAAGAAACAGGAACCAGGGACGUUUGCUCCUUUUGAUGAAGAUGAUGGUGGGGGCACAGGCGGAGGCGGAGGAUCAGGCGGAGGGGGAGGCACCUCGUCAACAAUACCGGGAAGUGCCAUUAGUUUGGUCACCGUGAGUGGUCAAAAUCAUCAAACAGUAAAUUCUAAUAAUAAUGUUAGGGAACGGAGGAAUUCACAACCUAUACCUCGAGCAUUAGAUUUGGAAAGGAGUUCAAGACCUUAGAUUUAGUACCUGGAGUGGUGCUGAGAGAGAAAAAGAGAAAGAGAAAGAGAGAAAGCAGACAUUUAGAACAGCAUGACAGGCUAACCCGAUAAAGGAUAAUUGCCAACUGCUUCCAAAUCUCCUCAAAC